AUGGAAUGUGGAUGUGGCAAUAUGAUAGAGGUGAUGCAAGUGGAAGCUUUGGUUGAGCCAACCAAUUGUUCUCUUUAUGUUUCGGAUCCUGAGGAGGAGGAGCAGGAUAUAAACUUGGCUAUUAAUAAGGGGUAUGAGUCUGAUAGUAUUCAUGGAAAUACUAGUAGUUCGAAGUUGAAGGCUUUGCUGGAUCUGGUGGAGUUUGGUGUGGGCGAUCAUCCUUGGUUGGUUCUUGGUGAUUUUGAUAUCAUCAGAGAAGACAAGGAACAAGUUGGGGGGCGUCUGCGUUCAAGCCUGGCCAUGGAAGAGUUUAAUGCAUGCAUUGAUGCAUGUGGUUUCGUCGAAUUAUCUCACUAUGCGAAUCUAGAAUAUCUUAAUCGUAAGUCCUCGGAUCAUAGUCCUCUGGUGGUGAAGUUAUCACUUUUCUCUCCCAGAUAUGGGCCAUCUCCUUUUAAAUUCCAAAGCAUGUGGUGCUUGAAUGAUACAUUUCAAAGUUGUGUGAAGGAUGCGUGGGAGAGGCCUUUGGAAGGAAGGCUGGAAAGCUUGGAAUCCCAACUUCAGUCAAAUUACUCGGAGGAUAUUGAGUCUGAGUAUCUUAUAUCCAAGCUGGAGCUAGAGGUGUGGGAAAAGAGAGAAAAAGCCCGAUUGGCUCAGAUAGUGAAGAAGAAAUGGUUGAAGGAGGGGGAUAAGAACUCAAAAUUUUUCCAUGCGGUGGUUAACCAAAGACGACGGAGUUCAGUCAUUUCACAGAUGGUCCUUGAGAAUGGGACGGUGCUGAGCUCGCCAGAAGCAGUACAUGCGGGAGCCGUGGAGUAUUUUCGGGAGUUUUUAUCAGAGCCUAUGGAAAUGGAUAGGGUGGCAGAUUCAAAAAGCUUUGAGAAAUUUUGGCCUAUCAGUCUUUGUUCAGUGACAUAUAAGAUAUUCUCAAAGAUCAUUGUUUCACGGUUGACGCGUAUUUUGCCAAGGCUGAUUUCUCUUGAACAAGGGGCAUUCAUUCCAGGGCGUAGUAUUUUUGAAAAUAUAUCUCUUGCUCAAGAGAUGGUGCAAGGUUUGAAGAAGAAGACCUGGGGAGGAAAUGUUAUGGUCAAGAUUGAAAUGGCGAAAGCAUAUGAUCGAGAGGUUUUAUCUCGUUUGCUUAGACAGAAAUUUGAGAGUGGAGGUAUUGGAAAAUUUUACCACCCAAGGGGGUCUCCGUUGGUUUCACAUUUGCUUAUUGCAAGGUGGCGUCGAUUAUUACGAAGUACUAGCUUUCGGGAGGGUCAUUUCCCUGUGACUUACUUGGGGGCCCCAUUGGUGGAGGGAAGGUUGAAGGCUAGUUAUUUGGAGUCGAUGGCUAAAAUAAGAGCAAAAGUUGCAGGUUGGAAGGCCCAGUUAUUAUCACAAGGGGGACGACUAGUUCUGUUAAAGCAUGUACUAACAAGCAUGGCUUCCCACCUUUUAGCUGUUAUGGAUGUUCCAAAAGUGGUCAUUGCCAAGCUAAAUAAUAUUCUAUCGACCUUUUUCUGGGGUGAACAUGGAGGCAAGGCUAAGACGAAAUGGUGUGCUUGGGAUCGGAUCAACAAGCCAACUAAUGAAGGGGGUUUGGGAUUGAGAAGUUUUUUGGAAGUGCAGAGGGCCAUGCAUAUGAAAUUGGCAUGGUCCCUUUUGUCAACUAAAUCUUUGUGGGCUCGAUUUAUGCAGCAAAAAUAUGGAAAGGGUAGGCAUUUAUCUCUGGUGGUCUCUAUGCAUGCAAGUUCUCGGUUAUGGAGAUCAAUUGUCUCUAUUUUGCCAGAAAUUUGUGUGUUUUCAAAAGUGAAGGUGAAUAAGGGUUGA